UCAAUGAUGAAUAUUUAUAACCGAGGGAUACCCGCCAGUUACAGGACACUUGCUUUCGGUCUCGACGCCAUGGACGGGCCAUCCAUCAACAGAGUCGGGUCGACCGGGUUUCUAUCUUCCCGCGUCUCUUGGUUCAUCGUCUUCUUCAUCUUCCUCAAUCUUUCUCUCCUCAGUAUUUCGGUUGGAUCGAGCGAACGCGCGAUAGCACCGCCAAGAGGAUGGAAUUCGUACGAUUCCUUCUGCUGGAUCAUUUCCGAAGAAGAAUUCUUGCAGAGUGCCGAGAUCGUUUCCCAACGACUUCACCCUCAUGGAUACGAGUAUGUUGUGGUGGAUUACCUCUGGUACAGAAGGAAAGUGGAAGGAGCUUAUACCGACUCUCACGGGUUCGAUGUGAUCGACCAAUGGGGGAGGGUUCAGCCCGAUCCCGAAAGGUGGCCAUCCUCUAAGGACGGAAAAGGUUUCACUGAAGUGGCAAACAAAGUGCACGGAAUGGGUUUGAAGUUUGGGAUUCAUGUCAUGGCCGGAAUCAGUACACAAGCAUUUAACUCCAAUACUCUCAUCUUGGACCCUGUCACGGGCGAUGCUUAUCAAGAAUCGGGUCGACAAUGGCGGGCACAAGAUAUCGGGGUCAAGGAGAAGGCAUGUGCAUGGAUGCCUCACGGGUUCAUGAGCGUAAAUACUAAGCUAGGAGCAGGAAGAGCUUUCCUCAAGUCUCUUUACCUACAAUACGCCGAAUGGGGUGUCGAUUUCAUAAAACAUGACUGUGUGUUUGGCGAUGACUUCAACCUAGACGAGAUCACUUAUGUAUCAGAGGUUCUGAGGGAGCUCAAUCGGCCAGUUUUGUACUCUUUAUCUCCGGGAACAAGUGUGACACCUGCAAUGGCCAAAGAAGUUAGUUCAUUAGUUAACAUGUAUCGGAUAACUGGCGAUGAUUGGGACUCAUGGAAAGACGUUUUGGCCCAUUUUGAUGUCUCGAGAGAUAUGUCGGCUUCUGAUAUGAUCGGUGCAGAAGGCUUACUGGGAAAAUCGUGGCCCGACCUUGAUAUGCUACCACUCGGAUGGCUUACAGAUCCAGGUUCGAACUUUGGACCCCAUAGACCGUGUAGGCUUACUCUGGAUGAACAAAGGACACAGAUGACUUUGUGGGCUAUAGCAAAGUCCCCUCUCAUGUUUGGAGGAGACGUGCGAAACCUCGACGACGGUACAUAUAGUCUUAUCACAAACCCGACAUUGCUGGAUAUAAACUCUUACGGUUCUAACACCAAGGAGUUUCCUUAUGUCACCGGGAUAAAUGUAUCUACGAGGAAGCGAAAAAACAAUCCACGAGAGCCAACGGAAGGGGACAUGACAACUAAACUUGCUUUUGGUCUCACGAGCUGCAAAGAGCCGAAAGCCAGCGAAUGGUCAAUAUCAGGAUUAGACGAGAAUCAUCGACAAAUCUGUUGGAACCAAAACUUACAAAGCAACAAACUUGCGAGGCGGCCCUUUUGCUUAUACAACAGAAAGAGACGAAUCGCUUCAGAUGAGGAGUUGAGACAAAACCAGAUUUACCGAGGUAAACUUCACGUGGUAACAAGCGAUAGAACAGCUUCUUCCUGUUUAGGCGCUUCUCCUAAACAAAGGCUCACCUCGAAAGAUUACAGCCGAGGUGCAUUGUCACCGUGCAAAGCCGACGAUGCCAACCAGAUGUGGGAGCUCCAUAGGAAUGGGACACUGCAGAACGGAUAUUCUGGUCUAUGUGCAGUGCUGAAACAAGUCGCAGCUGGCUCCAAUGGCGUCCGUGCUUGGAUUUCCAGGGGAAGAAGUGGAGAAGUGUACCUAGCGUUCUUCAACCUGAACGAGGUGAAGACAGAGAUAUCGGCGAAGGUAGGAGACCUGUCGAAGGCUCUUCCCGACAAGAAUCUGGAAGGAGCUUCGUGUGAGAGCUCCGAGCUGUGGAGCGGCCAACGAUUCGGUCCGACCAAAGACUCUGUCUCGAUCCAAGUCCCACCCCAUGGCUCUGCCUUGUUCACGCUCUCCUGCUCUCGUGCUUGAACUCUCCGUGCGACGUCGUUGCGUCCUGCAUUCUCCUUUACGUUCCUGUUGCGUUUCCCGUUGUGAAGCUCAUCAACUUCUUUAAUAAAGGUCGACGCUGCAAUA